ACGACACCUCGACUCUAUUCACAGCAAAUCCAUCAAUGCCAAUGGAGCUUCGAAGGGCCGCCGACGCCAUCCUACGGUGUCAAGUCUCUCCUCUGGUUGCUGCGGUACGAUGGCAGGCAGGAAGACAAAUAGGAAAGCAAUCGAGCUCUAGCAACUCUGUGAACAUUUCCCGCCGACGCACAUUUAUUACCACUACUCCAAAAUACGCACUCAGACCUUCAGCCACGACGACUGCGGCGCCGCCACCCGAAAGCCAAUCCGCUCAAGACGGAAAAUCAGCCUCCGCAAAAGUCGAAGAAGCAGCAAAGAACCUAGGCUGGUUGCAAGGCAGCGGUUCCCGUUCAGGAGCCUCACGCUUCCCAGCACCGCGGUCCCAGGAUGGCGGAGCCCGCGCGCGAGAAUUGCGUAUGAACGGCGGGAACUCGGCAGAUGAUAUCCUCAAGACUAUCAAUACAUUUUCCUCUCCCAGCGGCAAAUCUUCCUUCGAUGGAAUUGAUAUUUCGCGGAUGGCAGAUCCCUUCUCCGAUCGUCCAGAAUCAGCGACGGACCUUAUGGGCGCUAUCAAUAGAGAGGUAGCGCCCCCCCGGGAGGAACGGAUCCCACUGCGAUUAAACCCGUCUACGGGAAGAACUAUCAAUAUCGGGGGUAAUAUUGACGUGGGUCGAGGCUUUCGAUUAUUGGAGCAGAGCUGUGCGAGGAAUAGGGUCAGAAGCGAUUUUACGAAGCAGAGGUUUCAUGAGCGUGGAGGUUUGAAAAGAAAGAGACUUAGGAGGGAGAGAUGGAGGAGGAGGUUCAUGGAAGGGUUCAAGGCUACGGUUGCGAGGGUUAAGCAUUUGAAGACCCAGGGAUGGUGA